AAGUAUCAAUCAUAAAUGUUUUGAGGAACAACUCUCACCUAAUUACCACUGCAAUAAUAUGGGUGCUUCUACAAAUCUUAAUGCCUAUUUCUUCUGUGCCUUCAUCUUCUCAUUCAGUUCCUUUUUCAAUAUUGUAAUCUCUGUGGAUACCUUAAGUGCAAGACAGUCACUUGGGAUCAACCAAACACUUGUAUCCUCAAAGCAAGUGUUUGAGUUCGGCUUCUUCAAUGGAACCAACAACACCACAUGGUACUUAGGAAUAUGGUACAAGGACAUUCCUCAAAGAACAGUGGUUUGGGUUGCAAACCGAGACACCCCACUUAAGGAUACCAAUGGAACUCUCAAGAUUGGAGCAAGGGGGAACCUUGUUCUUCUUGAUCAUGCAGGAAAUGCUAUUUGGUCCUCAAAUGAAACCACUGCUACAACUCCAGUUCUUCAGCUUUUGGAUACAGGAAACUUGAUUCUCAGAGAAGCAAACAAAAAUAGUGCAAUUGAUGGCAACUAUCUAUGGCAGAGCUUUGAUUAUCCAACAGAUACUUUGUUACCGGGAAUGAAGCUUGGUUGGAACUUGGACACUGGUAUUGAGCUCUAUAUAACAUCAUGGAAGAGCCAAGAUGACCCUUCAAGUGGUGAUUUUUCUUUUAGGAUGGAAAAACUUGGGCUACCAGAAAUUUUCUUAUGGAAUAAGCAACUUAAGGUACAUAGAAGUGGACCAUGGAAUGGAGUGAGAUUCAGUGAAAUACCAGUGGUGUCAUCAAAUGCUGUUCUUCAAGAUAAUAUGUCUGUGGAUUCACAUGAAGUGUACUACAUACUUUCAGCUAUCAAUCAGUCCAAGUUUUCAAGAAAAACUGUGAGCUGGAAUGGCGAAAUUCAACGUCUUGUGUGGGUGGAAAGUAGCCAAAGCUGGAAGAAGCUAUGGUUUGCACCAAGUGGUGAAUGUGACAAGUAUGGUAUCUGUGGUCCAUAUGGUAUCUGUGACUCCAAUGCUUUCCCAGUAUGCAGUUGUAUUCAAGGCUUCAGUGUCAAGAACCAGACAGAGUGGGAUUUCAGGGAUUUUUCUAAUGGUUGUGUUAGAAAGACAAGAUUGGAUUGUGGGAGAGACAAGUUUCUGAAGCUGCAACAUGUGGAACCACCAGAAACAACAAGAGUGUUUGUGAACAGAAGCAUGAAUCUUCAAGAAUGUGAAGCUAUGUGCUUGAAAAAUUGCUCUUGCACUGCCUAUGCUAAUGUUGAGAUCACAGAUGGAGGAACUGGUUGUGUGAUGUGGAGUGAUGAACUCUUAGACACGAGGAAGUUUUCUGUUGCUGGCGAAGAUCUCUUUAUCAGAUUAGCAUCUUCUGAUGUAGUUGACAUAAACAAUGGAUCUGGUGGUAGCUCAGGAAAGAACAAUAAUGUAGGCAAAAUAGUAGGCAUUACAUUUGGUGCUGUUGCUAGUGUAAUUUUGGGCUUGAGCUUGUUUCUUUUAUGGAAGAAGAGAAAAUUGAAAAGUAUAUGGAAAAGGAAAACCAAUCAGAAAGGUUCCUUUGAGAGAGUAAUUUCAGCUAGCAGAGAACUCUCAGGUGAACGCACCAUGGAUGACUUAGAGUUGCCAUUGUUUGAUUUCACAAAACUAACAAUGGCCACUAACAACUUCUCUGAAGAAAAUAAGCUCGGAGAAGGUGGUUUUGGAAGUGUUUACAAGGGUAGGUUGGUUGAAGGACUAGAGAUUGCUGUGAAAAGGUUGUCCAAAAGCUCUGGCCAAGGAAAUGAAGAAUUCAAGAAUGAGGUCAAGUCAAUGGCAAAGCUUCAACACAGAAAUCUUGUAAGAUUGUUUGGUUGCUGCAUUGAAAAGGAGGAGCAGAUGUUGGUUUAUGAAUACAUGGAAAACAACAGCCUUGAAUCUAUUUUAUUUGACAAAGACAAAUGUUGUUUGCUUGACUGGCAAAUGCGAUUCGAUAUUAUAUGUGGAAUAUCUAGAGGACUUCUUUAUCUUCACCAAGACUCCAGACUUAGAAUUAUCCACAGGGAUCUCAAGGCAAGUAAUAUUCUGCUGGAUAGAGAAAUGAACCCAAAGAUAUCGGAUUUUGGAAUGGCUAGAAUUUUCUGCAGCGAUCAAACUCAAGCAAACACAAGGAGAGUUGUUGGAACAUAUGGCUACAUGUCGCCAGAAUAUGCAAUGGACGGACUCUUCUCAGUUAAAUCUGAUGUUUUCAGUUUUGGAGUUCUUGUGCUAGAGAUCAUAAGCGGCAAAAAGAACAAAGGAUUUUAUUCCUCAGAAGAGAUAAAUCUUCUGGGACAUGCAUGGAGGUUAUGGAAAGAAGGGAGGGCAUUAGAACUGAUAGAUUCAUCAUUUGGUGAUUCCUAUUCAGAAACAGAAGUACUGAGAUGCAUACAAGUUGGGCUGAUAUGUGUGCAAGAAAGAGCAGAAGAUAGACCAACAAUAUCUUCUGUGGUGUUGAUGUUAAGUAGCGAAAAUGCAUCAAUGCCACAGCCUAGAAACCCCGGGUUUGUCCUUGGUUGCAAAGUUCAUGUUGAUGAGCAAAAGUCCACAGAAAUCAAGAUUGUAAGUAGCUAGAUAGAAAUCAGAAUUUUGACACAGAAGCAAUAGUAUGUGAAUAUAUAUGAGCAUUUUAAAUGUUAAUUUUCUAUUGCAGUA